AUGAGGUUAAAAAAAGAAUACGAUUCAGUACCAUCAAAAGAUUCCGAGUUCGAACAACAAGAAAGCUCCACAAGUUUGAAAGAAAGUGAUAAAAAUGAAAAUUCUGAAGAAGAAUUAGGAGAGGUUGAUGGUGAUGAUGAUAGUGAAAGGAACAAUAUGCUUAAUGACAGAGAAAGAGAUGAAGAUGAAACAGUUGUAAAUAUGGACGAAGGUUGGGAAAGUGGUUAUGAAAAAAAAGAUAAAGCUGAGAGAUCAUUGGUCCCAUGUUUGGUGAUUGCUGCUGUUUUUAUUCUUGCAUGGGUUGGUUCUGCUAUAUUGUAUGCAUAUUAUCGAUCAAGUGGUGCCUCUGAAUUACCGAAUCAUUUACAAUUCGAUGAUAUUUACAAUGGAAGCUUUUAUCCCAGCGCGUAUGAUCUGGAAUGGAGUACUGUUGGCGAUGAUGAUGGAACAUUUAUAUAUCGUGAUGAACUAAGUAAUAUAGUUUUGAAACAUAUAGCUGAUAAAUCAAAGAAGGUGUUUUUGGCCAAAGGCGAAGACCUUAAAGAUCCCUAUGGCGAUUUUCUACUAUAUUUUUCAUUUAAAGUCUCAGGAGAUUCUCAGUACAUUUUACUUGAGACAAAUAGAACAAAGGGUUGGCGUCAUUCAUACACUGCCAAUUUUUGGGUUUUUAAUACAACUUCAAAAACAGUAACACCGUUGGUCAAAUCAUUUGAAAAUUCAUCAGAUUAUCCGCUACUGUCUAUUGCACUUUGGAGCCCUGUUGGCCAUGAUAUUUUAUAUGUAAGAGACAAUGAUUUAUAUUUAUUAGUUGGAUUGACCGAAGAAAGACGUAUUACUUUUGAUGGAUCAAAUAUUAUUUACAAUGGUAUACCGGACUGGGUUUACGAAGAGGAAGUACUCGCAAGUAAUAUUGCCACAUGGUGGUCUACUAGUGGCAAAAGAAUUGCAUACCUUCGAUUAAACGAUAGUGAAGUACCAGAGUUCCAUUUGUCUUUAUAUAACGACAAUCAUCAUAUUGGUCCCUAUCCAAAUGAUUUUGUUAUGAGAUAUCCGAAACCAGGUUAUCCAAAUCCUACUGUGGCUCUUUACAUAUAUCAUUUAGAUACGCCGUUAGUAGCACAGUCGGGACCAGUCGUGAUUGAAAAUGAUUUCAAGGAAGAUAAUAAACUAAUAACAGAACUUGCAUGGUGCGGUGAUGAUCAAUUACUAGUAAGAGUUAUGAAUCGUAUUCAAGAUAUUCAAAGGACUGUACUUGUCGAUGCAAGGAAAUUAAAAGGGAAAGCAGUACGUGAAGAAAGUACUGCCGUUACAGAUAAUGGAUGCAUUAAAUCUGAUUCAUAUUUAGAUAUUAUGAGUAACAACGGUUAUGAUCACAUAGCUUUGUUCUCUACCCUUGAUUCAUCCAAACCGCAAUUCCUUACUAGUGGUGAAUGGGAAGUGGUAGGCAAGAUAAGCGCGAUUGAUUAUAGCCGUGAAUUAAUCAAUAUAAGUUAA